AUGCAGCGAUUAUUCAAGAGAGAGAAGACGCUCCGUCUGAGGGCCAAGCGCAUCGCCACACUCCAGCGGGGCGGGCCCUGCGGGAACCCCAGCUCAGGUGCCCCAGGCAGCCUCACACCAGAUGGGAAGGAGAGUUACGUGUCCGUGGGUAGCUUGUUUUUCAGGAGCUGUCUGGCUGUGACCCUGGGUGUGCUGCUGGGUUUGACGCCUGCCACUUGCAGUGACGUGCCUGGCUCCCGGCCGAACAUGCUUCUGCUGAUGGCAGACGACCUUGGCAUUGGAGACGUUGGCUGCUAUGGCAACAGCACCAUAAGGACUCCGAACAUCGACCGCCUUGCAGAAGAAGGAGUGAUGCUGACACAGCACAUCUCUGCCGCGUCCGUGUGCACGCCAAGUAGGGCUGCUUUUCUCACCGGCAGGUACCCUGUUCGGUCAGGUAUGGUUUCCAGCAAUGGUUACCGCGUUCUUCAGUGGGCCGGAGUAUCUGGAGGCCUUCCAACAAAUGAGACAACUUUUGCAAAAAUACUGCAAGACAAAGGCUAUGCCACUGGACUAAUAGGAAAAUGGCACCUGGGUCUCAACUGUGAGUCCUCCUCCGACCACUGCCACCACCCGCUCCAGCACGGGUUCGGGCGCUUCUACGGAAUGCCCUUCUCCAUGAUGGGCGACUGCGCCGGCUGGGAGCUCUCCGAGAAGCGCGCGGCGCUGGAGCGCAGGCUCAGCCUCUGCUUCCACGCCGUGGCCUUGGCCGCCCUCACCCUCGCCGCCGGGAAGCUCACCCGCCUGGCGCCCGUCCCGUGGACGCCGCUCCUCUGCUCAGCCGUCCUGGCCAUCCUCCUCUUCACGGCCGCGCGUUUCCUGGGGACUCUGAUUGUGCACGCGGACUGCUUUCUCAUGAGGGACCACAGCGUCACCGAGCAGCCCAUGCGCUUCCAAAGAACCACGUCCCUUCUCCUGGAGGAAGUAGCGUCCUUUCUCAAAAGAAAUAAGCAAAGAGCUUUCCUUCUCCUUGUUUCCUUUCUACACGUGCACACGCCCCUCGUCACUACCGAGCACUUCCUCGGAAAAAGUCUCCACGGGCUGUACGGGGACAACGUGGAGGAGAUGGACUGGAUGGUGGGACAGAUCCUUGAUACGUUGGACAAGGAAGGUUUGACCAACAACACCCUCGUUUACUUUACGUCGGACAACGGGGGUUCCUUAGAGUCUCAACACGGAAACCGCCAGUAUGGUGGCUGGAACGGGAUAUACCGAGGGGGCAAAGGCAUGGGCGGCUGGGAAGGUGGCAUCCGUGUGCCAGGGAUAUUCCGCUGGCCCGGGGUGCUGCCAGCCGGCCGGGUCAUCCACGAGCCCACCAGCCUGAUGGAUGUGUUCCCCACCGUGGUGCAGCUGGGGGGCGGCCAGGUGCCCCAGGACAGAGUGAUUGACGGCCGGGACCUGCUGCCCUUGCUGGUGGGGACAGCCCAGCACUCGGACCAUGAGAUCCUGCUGCACUACUGCGAGACGUUUCUGCACGCCGCCCGCUGGCACCAACGGGACGGAGGAAGAGUAUGGAAACUCCACUACAUGACUCCGGAGUUCCAGCCCGCGGGAGCCGGCGCCUGCUACGGCAGAGGGGUCUGCCCGUGCUUCGGGGACAAAGUGACCCAUCACGACCCACCUUUGCUCUUUGAUCUCUCGAGAGACCCUUCCGAGAGCUACGUCCUCACGCCAGCCACGGAGCCCUUGUUCUACGCGGUGGUGGGACGAAUCCAGCAGGCGGUGGAGACGCACCAGCGGGGGCUCAGCCCGGUCCCUCUGCAGCUGGACGGGCUGCACAACAUCUGGAAACCCUGGCUGCAGCCCUGCUGUGGGCGUUUCCCGCUCUGCUGGUGCCACAGGGAACAUGAUUGACAGUGACCGUCUGUGAGCGAAAGAUGGAGCCCGGAUCUCUGCAUUUUCUCGCUCAAGUUGAAACAAACAUUCACUGUGAAGUUAAGGCAUCUGUUUGCAUAAAGGUGAAUAGCUUUACCCCAUUAAAAGAGAAAAAGCCAAGAAAAAGUAGCAAUGAACAAUAAAUAUUGGGUAAAAUGCACCGUUGAAUGGUCACCCAAGCCACCCAACAGGGAAGUGGAGAGCAAUGGGCCUCCUGCUUUGGAGGGAUUCUGUCAAGACUCCAGGCCCCCUAAACAGUACAAAUCCCAAGAGAAGGUGUUUCCGUGUCAUGCAGAUUUGCAGACGAACAGGACAUAGGCCCCGAAGGUGAAAACUGACGCUACGUCGCUAGUCAUGGUGGUCGUGCCAAUUUAUAUAGCCACUGUUCAUUGUUAACAUCAACAGGGACAAACUGUGCCCCCCACUGGAACUGCUGCCAAGCGAUUACGCUUUAUCAACAAAUGCCACAGGGGAUUUGAGGAAAGCCUGAAUUUUGAAGCUGUGCUGGACUGGAGGAUUUCUCCCCAACUCUGGGCUGGGAGGCCACUGUAUGGUGGAGCCAUGUCUUAGUCCAGUUGGGCUGGUAUGACACAAAUACCAUAGAGUGGGUAUAAAGAAUAGACAUUUGUUGCUCACAGCUCUGGAGGCUGGAAGUCCAAGA